CGGCGCGGGCGGCGCCGGGAGGCAGCUGACAGGCGUCUGCGGCUUCGCUUCAUGGCCGCCCUGCCGCCCCGCCUGGGCUCUGAGGGGAGUGGGGAAGCCCGCGGGGGCCCCGAGCCGGAGCUGGCGAGCCGAGCGGGGAACCUGAGCGCGGCGCCGCGGGGGCGCAGCAUGUGAAGCCAAGACGGCGGCCAGCGCGGGGCGAUCCUCCCAGCCGGCCGGGAUGGCCACGACGGCCGAGCUCUUCGAGGAGCCUUUUGUGGCAGAUGAGUACAUUGAACGUCUUGUGUGGAGAACCCCAGGAGGAGGCUCUAGAGGUGGACCUGAAGCUUUUGAUCCCAAAAGAUUAUUAGAAGAAUUUAUAAAUCACAUUCAAGAACUCCAGAUAAUGGAUGAAAGGAUUCAGAGGAAAGUAGAGAAAUUAGAGCAACAAUGUCAGAAAGAAGCCAAGGAAUUUGCCAGGAAGGUGCAAGAGCUCCAGAAAAGCAAUCAGGUUGCCUUCCAGCAUUUCCAAGAACUCGAUGAGCACAUUAGCUAUGUGGCAACCAAAGUCUGUCACCUUGGAGACCAACUGGAGGGGGUAAACACGCCCAGACAGCGGGCAGUGGAGGCUCAGAAGUUGAUGAAAUAUUUUAAUGAGUUUCUAGAUGGAGAAUUGAAAUCGGAUGUUUUUACAAAUUCUGAAAAGAUAAAGGAGGCAGCAGACAUCAUCCAGAAGUUGCACCUAAUUGCCCAGGAGUUACCUUUUGAUAGAUUUUCAGAAGUAAAAUCCAAAAUUGCAAGUAAAUAUCAUGAUUUAGAAUGCCAGCUGAUUCAGGAGUUUACCAGUGCUCAAAGAAGAGGUGAAAUCUCCAGAAUGAGAGAAGUAGCAGCAGUUUUACUUCAUUUUAAGGGUUAUUCCCAUUGUGUUGAUGUUUAUAUAAAGCAAUGCCAGGAGGGUGCUUACAUGAGAAAUGAUAUAUUUGAAGAUGCAGCAAUACUCUGUCAACGUGUAAACAAACAAGUUGGAGAUAUCUUUAGUAAUCCAGAAACAGUACUUGCUAAACUGAUUCAAAACGUAUUUGAAAUCAAAUUACAGGGUUUUGUGAAAGACCAGUUAGAAGAAUGUAGGAAAUCUGAUGCAGAGCAGUAUCUCAAAAACCUCUAUGAUCUAUAUACAAGAACCACCAAUCUUUCCAGCAAGUUGAUGGAGUUUAAUUUGGGUACUGAUAAACAGACUUUCUUGUCUAAGCUUAUCAAAUCCAUUUUCAUUUCCUAUUUGGAGAACUAUAUUGAAGUGGAGACUGGAUAUCUGAAAAGCAGAAGUGCUAUGAUCCUACAGCGUUAUUAUGAUUCAAAAAAUCAUCAAAAGAGAUCCAUUGGCACAGGAGGUAUUCAGGAUUUGAAAGAGAGAAUUAGACAACGUACCAACUUACCACUGGGGCCAAGUAUUGAUACCCAUGGGGAAACUUUCCUAUCCCAAGAAGUGGUGGUUAAUCUUUUACAAGAAACCAAACAAGCCUUUGAAAGAUGUCAUAGGCUCUCUGAUCCUUCUGAUUUACCAAGGAAUGCCUUUAGAAUUUUUACCAUUCUUGUGGAAUUUUUAUGUAUUGAGCAUAUUGAUUAUGCUUUGGAAACAGGACUUGCCGGAAUUCCUUCUUCAGAUUCUAGGAAUGCAAAUCUGUAUUUUUUGGAUGUUGUGCAACAAGCCAAUACUAUUUUUCAUCUUUUUGACAAGCAGUUUAAUGAUCACCUUAUGCCACUAAUAAGCUCUUCUCCUAAGUUAUCUGAAUGCCUUCAGAAGAAAAAAGAAAUAAUUGAACAAAUGGAGAUGAAAUUGGAUACUGGUAUUGAUAGGACAUUAAAUUGUAUGAUUGGACAGAUGAAGCAUAUCUUGGCUGCAGAACAAAAGAAAACAGAUUUUAAGCCAGAGGAUGAAAACAAUGUUUUGAUUCAGUAUACUAAUGCCUGUGUAAAAGUCUGUGCUUAUGUAAGAAAACAAGUAGAAAAGAUAAAAAAUUCCAUGGAUGGAAAGAAUGUGGAUACAGUUUUGAUGGAACUUGGAGUACGUUUUCAUCGACUUAUUUAUGAACAUCUUCAACAAUAUUCCUACAGUUGUAUGGGUGGCAUGUUAGCAAUUUGUGAUGUAGCUGAAUAUAGAAAGUGUGCCAAAGACUUCAAGAUUCCAAUGGUAUUACAUCUUUUUGAUACUCUGCAUGCACUUUGCAAUCUUCUGGUAGUUGCCCCAGAUAAUUUAAAGCAAGUCUGCUCAGGAGAACAGCUUGCUAACCUGGACAAGAACAUACUUCACUCCUUUGUACAACUUCGCGCUGACUAUAGAUCUGCCCGCCUAGCUCGACACUUCAGCUGAAGUUGAGUUGACCAAGGGAAUGUGUUGUACUUCGGCAGACCUCGGUUGACAGAAAGCACAGGCGAUUGCUUAUGACACAGCCAACAUUUUAUGGAAAAAUGACUGUUUGGAAGUAAACAUCAGCCAUACUUACUGUUGAGGUUUUAUUUGAAAUUUGGAUACCACUAGAUAUAUUUUGCUUUUUUUCUCCUAAGUUGAAUUUUUAAUACCAUUUUUGAAUUUAUAAAUUUCAAAAUCUGCAAAAGUUCAUGUCACUGUUUUUGUCCUGGAAAGUGGUGUCAGAAGGCAAGUGAAAUGUUACCAGUGUUCCAGUUCUUGUUCUUUGACAUGUUCCAUUGGGAAAUUUUACCAUCCCAUUUUUGCUUUGGUAACAGGUGAAAUACAGCAAAACUGCAUUGAUUAUGCAUAAGUUUUUAAUGAACAACACUGGUAAUUGUUUAACAGAUUAUUCUAGAUUUUUCAAAAGAAUUUUUUGCCUUUGUCAAAAGGUUAACAUUUAGAUAAUAAUUUAUGUAGUUGGAUUUUUUUCUGAUGUACAACAAUAAUAUAUUCCCAGAAAAAUGUUAUAAACUAAAGUGAUGAAAUGUUUUAUGUAGACAUUAGGAGUGGAUCAGAAUUCAUCUCCUUUCUGAGUAAAACUUAAAAGUUUACUAUUUCUUAUUUGGUAAAUAGAUUUUAAGCCAGUUCUAGCAAGGAGUUAAUAAAAUUACCUUAUUUUACAUUUCCACUUAAGACUUUAACUAAAAGACCAUAUUUAUUCAUUAUUUUAAUAUUAUAAGGGAAGUAAAAAAAACUGAGGUAUAGCAUAAACGGUGCAUUUGGGAAGUAUUGACAAUAUUUCACAACAAUGUAGUUCUAUUAAGAUUUCUAUUUUACUGCUAACCUUGAAUAAGAUGGGGUGUCUACACAUGCAGUAGUCUUCUGUUUUAAGAAUUGGCAUUUGGUAGGUAAGAUUAUAUACUCUAAAUGUGGAGACAGCUUUUCCAUAUUUACAGGUUCUGUCAUUGUCCUUUUUCAAGGCAUUUCUGAAGUUGUUCCUAGUUGGAUAUAGUUAAUUGAAUUGGCUUCCUAUGGUGACAUAGUAAAUCGCUUACGAAAUCUUAAACAUCAGUUAAAAAUUUAGAAAGGCCAUUCUAUCAACCCUAUAAACUUCUGCAAAAAUGCAUUUUAAAUUAUAUGUAGUUUUUCAGUUUCCUUUGUGUUGUUCAUAGUCUCCUAGGCCUAGGAACAGAUAAACUUUAAUACUUAAUUCAUUCUUGGCAUUUUUUCUUUAAUGGAGGCUUUUUUGGCCUAAUUUUGGAACACUUUUUCUUUUGAGAGCCUGAUUCUGAAUGGUCAUCAAUUUUACCAAACCUUCCAUGUCCAGAGCUAACUAACUGCUGUUCAAGUUACCAUCGACUUCAUUUUCUUCAUUUUCUAUUCAGCCCAGUGUUAUCAAAGUCAGCAAAGAAAAUGAAGUAUGCCAACUUUUGUCAAAACACGUUAGGGCACUGUGGCAGCAUCAGGAAGCUGUCUGGGUUUGUAUUCCUCAGCCAAGGGAGAGCCAGAACACGUUUUGGAGACUGGAGAAAAUCCUAUGCCUGUACUGUUGCCAUUAGAAAGCUCUGAUGUGAAUUCAAAUUAUACCUCUGUUACUUAAAGCCAACAGUUUUAAGGCAGUAGUUUUAGAGGCCAUUUGAACUCUUUGUACAGUGACAAUUUGUAAAAAAAAAAAAAAAAAAAAAAAAAAAAAAAAACCAGAAACAAAGACAAAAAAAAAAACCUCAAAUAAAAUACAAGAGAACAUUUUAAGACUUCCGAAUCAGAGAUAUGUUUCAAAUUAUUUUGUUUGGACUAAUUUUUUAAAUGUAAAGCAUAUACUUGUUGCUAGAUAUUUUGUUAAUUAUUGUUUCCAUGCUUGAGUUCUGUGCAAUAUUUUCCAUUAUGUCCUUUGACCAGGAUAGUGACAACUCAUAAGUGAAUAUUUAACUUAGAAGUGUUAACAUUAAUGCUCAAUAAAUAAAUUCCCUGCA